AUGGGUGGCUGUGGUACCAUGGAUUCUCGCAGGGCAUGCUGGGAGCUGGAGUUUGGUAUAGCACUAUUGGGAGCUGCCAGGGGAGAUGCAGAGCCCUAUAGUGGACUUCUACCACACCUUGGAGUGAUUCUAGGAAAUACUGAUGGGCCACGUGGAGCACUCCCAGGAGCUGAAUUAAAGGAGUUAUCGCACUCCAUUCGACGAGCCAGAAUCAAAUGGGAGAAGACGAAGCUCAUCAGGAGGAACGGAUAUGAAAUCAGUAAUUCUUGCUCUUCUCCAUUCUCCAGGAGUCUGAUGCUAAUGAGCAUCCUAAACAAGUGUUUUGGCAACCUGAACUGGUUCAGCUCUAUAAUGAAAGAUGAGGAUGAAAUUGCAGUUAUGGUGACUGAGACGUACCCAGAAUCACCUUUUUUCUGGGCUAUCCAAUUGUCUGAGGUGUCGCACAACAAAAUGGUGACUCUAUUCACAGCGAUUGCCAAGGCAGAAAAGAACCAACCUUAUCUUGGUAAAGAUGAUGUUCACCGGGGUAAAAAGUGUCUUGCUGAGUUUUUGUGUACACCACAAGAUGCAGGUGCUUGGAACAGAGCCUGUAUUUUAGAAGUGGUCAGCUUCUUUGCACUGGUCUUUUUUGUGGAUUUUGGGAGUACUGCUUUUAUUCCCAUCUACUCGCUGAAGUUUCUGAGUGAAGAAGAGUUCUGGCAAAUUCCACCCCUGGCACAACCCUUCAUGUUAGAAGAAGAUGUGUUCUGCAAGGAAAGGCUUGUCAAAACAGUUCUUCGGGGUAAAAUUGUUGGCUCACACAUGUGUGAGCACCACAUCCAUCGGUUUGUCCCAUGCUCCUAGGCAGCUAGAUUUCUUGUGCGUGAUCUCCAGGAGAGAUUGUGAGGAAAUUCUGCUCAUGAUGCUGUUUUUUGAGUUCAGUUACUUUAUAGUCACAAAGUGAAAAUUUUCUUUUGGCUGGAUGUUACCAGUUCAAGUUUCAAUUAUUUACCAAAGAUUCAGCAAAUUACUGUGUUAUUACAAGUUAUUAAAAGUAUCAUGUUUAAGAUGCAAUGUUUAAUGAGCAACAUCCAGAUAUUUAGUUGCCAAUACUGACCCACUUCAACAGAUUUUGUGAUUGUUUUUCUUGGAUGUCACCUUUAUUUAUUUAGAAGUUCUGGAGAAGUUAUCCAUUCUUUUUGCUAUGACUGUUUUGUUGUUAACAAAAAUGUUACAAAUUGCUGAAAUAAAUAUUCAUGUU